AUGCCAGCAGACAUCUCAGACGCAGGGCCAAUCGUUAUAGACACUGGCACUCAUCAAUGGAGGGCGGGUUUCGCAACCGACGAAAGUCCGAAGUGCGUCAUUCAACCCUCCUCAGAGCACGUUGAGGAUGUGAGUCUGCUUCUAGAAUACAUUUAAUAAAGUAACUUUAAUGUUUAUGGUUCGCAUCGAUAAUUUUUAAAAGACUAUAAUUGCCUCCCUCUAGAUAAAACAUCACGAGUCAUCAGUAAAUUAAAGUGCAGUAGGUAGUUACGUAAAGUAAACCAAUCAUUUUAACAACAUGAUGCACUUUGAAUGUCAUUUCGUACUUAGCUGUCUGCUUUUGUGUGGUGAUCCGUAGUUUAAUGAAUAAAAUGACGUUCUGUUGAAAGUUGAGAGGUGAAAUUCUGGUGUCAAAUAAUGGAAGUUACAAAUUUUACAAAACACGAUAAACCGCAGGGACUCAUGUUUUUUCCUGUAUGCUCUAGGGAUGUAAGAGGCUAAUCAUAAUUUCCAUUACCCUUUUGGUAAUAUAAAGAUUUGUAGCGGAUCUUUUUCAUUUACCUGUUUUCGUUGUUUUUUGGAAAAAAACACCAUUAAGACGAAAGCAUGCAAGAAUGUCUUUCACAUCUAUCGGUCGUAGGUAGGACGAGAAUUCGAAAAAGAGGACGCCGGAGCCAUAGCAUUAGCCUUGCAUUUUACGUUUCCAAGCUUAGUCUAUUCACAUACGGCAACUUGCAGGAUAUCCAGUUAGGCCUAAAAUAUGAACUGAUCAAGUGUCUUCUGCAAGGCUUGCCGUCGAAGGAGAUAAAGUAGUAUUACUGCUCAAACACAGUUUGAAAAUUUUUUGAAGUGCAGGAUAGAAUAUACUCGCCGGAGGUUACGUAGCUUUCCCGAUAGAAAAGAUUUGGACUUUUUGGUUUCACAAAGGAUAUAUACAAACUAAUCACCUCAACAAUAUUCGGAAAAUGGGUGAUUUUACUUGAACGUUGAUUUGUUCUUUAUUCUAGUGCUAGCUAAAAGCUCAAACACGUUUUGUCGGCGUUGUGCCUAUGUGUGACGCAGUUGAGAGGCCUCCUGCCUAUCGGCGAGUCUCUCACCCUUACCAUCAUGGUUCCUUGAUAUUUUCCUGUGCUUAAUAUUAGGCCUUUUGGUGUUUAUUAAAUCAGCGCAUGCACUUAGAAAGAUCAUUCGACACAAACCUUUUUGGGUUAGAUCAAGGGAUUUUCUAAAAUUUCGUUUGACUUUUUUGUGGAAACUAAAUGUUUACUUAUGGUUUUAUCUGGUUUUCUAAGUAGUGAAGGUGAGCCCUAAAGUUGGAUACACGUUCCUCAUAACAUUCACAAACCAAAAGUUAGUUUUGAGCGCAAUUAAGCUGUGUUUUCUGCUACAACGGAGGUGCUGACGUAUUCUCCCACAAUAAGGACUACUUUAUGAUAAACAACGAAUUCACAGGCAUUUUCAGCUGCGAAUAAGGCAUGCCAAGUUUACAUCCAGUUAUCGACAAGGGGUUUGUGGUGGAAAAUAACAAAGUUCUAACCGACUGCCCUAGCAGUCAGGGGUUUCUGCAGGCGUAAUUCCCACAGAAUCCCAAAUAUCUGAAAUCGGAGUCCCAGUUGUGAACCAUAGGUCUGCCCCGUCAGGCAGACCGAUCCUACCUAACCCUCACCGCUUACAAGAAGUCAAUCGAAUUAAAUCGCAAAUUCACGUGAGUCCCACAUUCACGGCGUGACUCACAUCCGUGUACGCGACGCGCCGUGCACACCACCUUACCAGUCGACAGACGGAGGUUGAAAAUACAGAGAGCAACCACUAGAACAACUGCCCCACAUACAAAUAACUUAAUUCUGUUUGCGCAGAAGGACACAGUCUCUGUGGGUUUUUGUGAAAACUUGCUGCACCGUCAUGUUGAUGUGAAAACGAAGUGAAACAGACUGUAACCAAGCCAGAGACGUGCCUUGACGGCCUGAUACAAGACAGGAUUCUGCACAGGUCACAAACUUCACAGGCUGCGACAUGGACAAAUUCAGUCCAUGUAAGCAGUGGGCUGAAAGAACGUAGUCCGUAUUUCCAAAUCACUGGGGAAAGUCGAAGAUACAAGUCUUUUGAAUACACCUGAAGGGUAUAUCAGUGUACCUUUUUAUGGCACCGUGGAGGCGUUCGUCAUAGCGCGCAAGAUAAAGACAAUGCUUCUUUACCGAUUCUUAGAAAAGAACUGUAACUCCUCUAUUCAUGAACAUUUCGAGUGGAAACCCGAAUUACCAAAAUAGCUUGGCAGCUGGCUCUAAACCUCUUCGCUCUUGUCCUAUAACAACGAAAGCUGACAUCACGACGCUUAGGGUUCGUUUUAACGACUAUGGUUGCGAGUGAGAGUCGAUCGGCGGAAAGACCAACCUUUUUCUUCGGACUUUUAACACACACACAAAACCCCACAUUCGGAGGACUACAAUGUCAAUGAGCAUUCUGAAAAACAGCAAUCAUCGGUGGUUGAACAGAAACAGGGAACAGUUUUACCAGUUGCACUACUAUAAACGAGAAUCCCCCAAGAAUAGAUCAGAAUCUCUAAGGUCCUCUGCAAGGGGCAAGCAUAAUAUACUUUAAGAAUUACUGGAAAUAUUUUUCGUAUGCAUUGGCGUGCUUUGGUAGACUUUUGAUGGUGUGCCGAUUUUUACUUGAAUAUAGCAUAUUUUUCACACUCCGUUGCAGUGUGCCGGAAGCUGUGGGUGCCGAUCUAAACUCCUCUACCUUCAGAAUGUCUUUCUGUUAAAACCGUAGAAACUCGCAAGGUCAGGAUUUAGCGUUGCCGUAUACUGAAAAAUGGUUCUUUAGAAGCGUCUAACAUAAAAAUGCGAAGAACAUACGACUUACGUCCUGCUGAAUGUUUCGUUCGCGGAAAACACAAUUUUUCAUGAGAUGUUCGAACGAAGCUAGCUUGCUAAAGCAUUUUUAACAAUCUAAAAGUACCUGAAUUUUAAAAAUGAACCAUCGGAAUGUCACCCCGUCAUAUUUUGUGGAUUUAUCUGGGGCACAUGGUUCCUUAACCUAUCCUUGAGUUGUAUUUCGUAAUUUGAAGUUUUUCGUUAACUGUAUCCUUAUGGAUUUCGAUUGUUGUCGGCUGAGACACCUGAUUAUUAAGUAUGACGCGUCACACCUUUGAAAGACAGUUCAAGGACAUUGCUGAUUCGACAAAAAAUUAGCCUUUCUUUCAACCGACGUUAUACCGAUGACAAAUGUGUGUUGUCAAAUGGCAUUUAGAGUGCAUGUCAGUGCAGUGAGCAAGGGCUAUGAGCUAUUGCGGUAAUUAAAGUCGCCAAUGAUUGCAACGUUCUGCUUACAUAGCAUUCUGCUGUGGAUCAGCAAUUGAACAAACAUAAACAGCAAAAAUGAAUACAGUGCUACUCAAAUGCCAGUUAGGGAGUUUUUUAACGACAGGCGUCAGAUUCCAUUUCGGACCCCCGAAAUCAUAAAAUGUGCUCGUAGGCUCCCGUCAGACGCCUCUGGUUGAAUCGACUAUCAACGAGGUCCCAGAGAUCGUCCUUAUAAAUAGCAGUAUUUAAGCCCCCAUGAAUACUAGGUUAAAAAAACAUGCAACUCCAGUUGAGGAUCACAGUUGCUAGCGUAUGGCGGCUUAAGGCAGAGUCAUAUAAAGUAUGGUAAGUAAGUCAGUUUCAAAUUCUAUUUUCAAAAGAAUAAACAACAUGGCUGAAGUCUUAAACAGUGAAGCUGGUGCAAAUAAGUUCUCAGGUUGAGGAGGGAAAGAACAUUUCGGAAAAAUAGAGUGUUCAAAGGCUUUCUCAAUGGUUGAAAUAUUUAGUUCAGUUGCAAUUGCCAAUUUUUUUCACAAGGCGACCUAUAAAGCACGCCAAAGGCCCUAACUAACGAUUUGCGGAAUGCAUACAUGUUUACCAGAAGCCCUUGCUAUAUUCUACAAGGCAGUAAUAUGCGAGUUUAUGUUGAUAUAAUUUCAUAAAACGCCAUACCGACAGGCAGUAAACCGGCUGAGACAAUUCUGCGUUGCGUGCUAUGCAUAUUUCUUGCCAACACGUUUUGUCUGCUUUUUCGACUUGUAUUUUGGCCACACAGCCCACAAGUUUACUCGAAGUAGCUGAAGACAGAACAGCAAUAAUUUGAUUGUCUUUAAGGAGGGUAAUAGGGAUCUGUUUGAAUUGAAACCGCGGUCAAUAGUAGAUGCCGGUGUCUGGUAAAAUGAUUUUCAUUAGUCGUGGACAGCGUAAUACCCACCGUUAACGAAAGGGUAAUGCAAUCUAAAGCUGUUUCGGUGGGAUUUGUUCCUCCGAUUACUCUGUCAGACAUUAUUUUGCGCGUAAGUUUGACUCACUUGUCCCAGGGAACUGAUGUUCUACCAAAACAAGUAAAAAGAGAGAAACCCUGGGACAGUCAUCGCUGAAACCUUCGUAAGCCCUUGCCACUGGCCCACAAAGGAUAGUCCAAAAGAUUUUGUUGUGUCUGCAGGAAUACCAAUAUGUGAGUAGAAUUGCUUGACUUUUAGUGAUAAUGUUCACUAUAUUAUGCCCUCCAACUCUUGUGCGCAGUAAUACACGUUGCAUCAGAAGGUCGAAUAUGUUCGUCUUCGUAUAAAUCUAAUAUUUUAAACGGACGGGACAAGAAAUGAAAGUAUAACUACGACAGUUAGAAACAUGUUUUCGUGCUAGUUAUCGCAUACUGAUUUGCCAAGUUUACUUACGAGAGUUGGGAUCAGUAGAAGCUGGAAUGCAGGCAUUUAGUAACCUAACGAGUGUGUUGUGUAGGCUUUCGUGUUUUGGUUUGAAAGACAUGAAGUUGGUUUUAAUUCUGGAUGUUCCUUUCUCAGACAUGUUCUCCUACCAGACGGAGGGCCUAGUCUUGAAUCACUAUUGUAGAAAAAAUCCUUCAUUUAAAAAAUGGAAAGGAAGCCACCUCAUCAUCCAUUAUGCGGACCGCACAACGCUUUGGGCAAAUUGUGACAGAACUGCUUGAAACCCAGUCGACUUUUACAAGUUAUAAAUCCAUUACGUGAGCCUAGUAGUCAUCUGGUGGAUUCUAGGUGAAUUACUUAGGAAAUCCUGCUUGGGCAGUCAACUUACUGUAUCAGAUUUGGUGGAUUCCAGACGUUGCAGUAGGUUGGGCGGGUAAUUUGACCCAAGUGUGAUAAAACUCGCGUCGUCCGGCGGGGCCUCGUAGCUCAGGUGGUUAGAGCGUUGGCUGUACUAAAGCCUUCCCCCUUACUGCGUGGGUUCGAAUCCCACCGAGGCGCCGAGUUUUUCACAGUUGGGUCAAUAUGAAUUAUUCAAAAUCUGCCAAAAUAUCAAUGAACUUUAUGUUUAUCAUUCCAGCAACUGUCACCCGCUUCAAAUGUGCAUCAUGGUUGUCAUAUCUGUGUCAUCGUCUCCAAUCAGAGGAAACUGUGUGUUCAGCAAGGUCUGUCUUCAAAGCUCAUACCUUCGCUAGAUAGCGUUUCAGGGCUCUGUAGGUCGUGCAGAGCUCUCUAGACUGAUCAAGCUACUCGUGUUUGUGAUAAAACCGCAAAUUUGCCUUUCAUUCACAAAAUAAAUUGUCUAGUUGAUCAGUUUAACCAUCAGCACCUAUCACCAGAUUAUUUGUUUUUGAGUAACCAGCUUAAAGACUAUUAUUACUAAGCAGACAAAACGGCCGCCAUUGUGGUCGUGUUCGGUGGCUGAUGUUCCUUUUUUAAAUGUCAUAAGGCCUUUGGUAGAAGAGUAGGCUGUUCAUAACAAACAGCUGGUUGAGCGGUUAAACCACCGAAGGCAGGGGAUACGGACAAGUAGGCAGACUCAGGAUUAUCUAACACCCUCUUCAGCCACAGCCACGCGAGACCAACGUCUGAGAUAGGAAACUCAUCCUGCACAUGUUGAUAUAUAGCAACUACUUACGCAUGAUUUUACAGUAAGUGACCUUAAUCAUGAAAUGUGUCAACAUUUACGAAUGAUUGCUAAUCAUUCGCAAACCGACACCAUUCCAUGAAUCCAAUGUCUAUGUUAAUUAUGUACAAGUUUAAAAGAAUUAAAAACACAAAAGAAGUAAUAAAAGCAGUGUUGCGAUGUUUAGAAAUGUCGAUUUAUUUUGAUGUGCGCAAUAUCCCAAAAACGUCAGAAAUGGCUCUAAUUUAUUAAACUUCGUUUUUAGAUGUAUAGAAUGUAUUCUCAUACCAAAAACGUAGUAAACAUGAAAGUAGAAAUAUGACAACGUCUAAUAAUAGUGUUUCAGUGAAGUUAACAUGUAAGUAUCGUUUAAUAAUUAGUGUGACUUCAUAGAUGACGGUUUGUCAACUGCCUACAUUCUGAGUGUAGAUUCCAAGACAGUUUUCCAGGGAUUCGUGUUAUCCUUGACUCGUUUGAGUUUAAUGAGGAGGGGUUCAACAAGAGAAACUGGAUUUUCCUUGCUUUCACCGAUGGGGACAUCGUAGGGACGAAUGUUUUCAUAAGGUGACAUGCUGUGAGGCCGGUCGGUGCCUAAUAAAUUUAAAUAGAACUGACAGGCGUGAUAGUGUCUAUAGAGACAACUUUUCUUUCGUUAAAUUAAUUUACGCUUUUCCUUCGUUUUGGAUUACGCUGAGUUUCAGAUCGGCCUCGAAAUGCUGUUGAAUACUUCCUAAUUUUCAGUCUUUUCACCCGAUCGUCCAUAAAUAUCGAUCCUGAAUUAUCUGUCUGUUAAGAACUUUAAAAAUAUGAUUAUUCUCGAAGGUAUUUACCGAAUUAUUGUGUUUGGGCGCUCCUUUUCACGAAGAUGGUCGUUUGAGCCACAUGUAAAAACUCAUUCACACAUUACACUUCCUUAUCGAGAAACGUGGCUGCCAACAACCAAAGUUAGCAAGGAAUAUGCAUUCGAUCAAUAACAAAGCUUUCCUUACCAAGUUACCUCUUUAGGAGGUGCCUUAAUACCGCACUCCGUUGACGUAUCUCUGUGUACUUUGAUUUUUGCACGCUGAGACCAAAUAAAAAUUUGACACUUUUGGCCGUUUCUCUUACGUUCUUUAACAGUGCUUAUUCUUUUCUACCGUAAACGGAUGAUCAUGUCUUCCUCUAUACAGCGGCGAUUUCCACUGUUUUUGCUCGCCUUUAGACUCCGUUCUUCGAUUAUGAGUACACGGCAGAGCGCCCAUAUAAAUACUGAUAUUUUUCUGAAACUGUUACUGUUUUGCUCGUUCUUUUUCCGAAUAAGAUGUGCGCAAAAGCUAAACUACACGACAAGUAGUGUUUUAUAUGUUCAAGACUGGAAAUGACCAUUCGGUGGUGGUCAUUUAUGUGACAUCAGGUAGAAUUUUCCAAACGGCAAAACAAUUUCAGCCCAUUUAAACGAAGGAAUCCCUAUCUGCGUUAUCACUGCGCUUUAGGGCACCUAAUCACACAGAUCUGCUAUUUCAACAUUUAGAAAUUGAUAGAAUUUCUGGUUUUUUUAAAAUAACCUUUGUGUUAGCAGGUUGAUAACCAUGGUUUACAUCAGACAUAAAAUAAAUUUUAAAGUUCAGCUAAAUCUGUGUAUUAAAGCUCUCGUAGGUAACUUACAAUCCUUCCCAUGAAAAUGCCGCUUAGAUGCGUAACCGGAGUCUAGGACAUGUAUUAGCAUAGGAAAUUGCACGACUAUAUUCCAACGUCCAUUUUCACCAAAAUUUACUGAUAUGUUUUUGAUAUAAUUACGCAAGCACAAGUUCUGCACAAGAAAAGGACAUUUCAUUGAAGGCUGUGGAUGAGUGAACAAAGUGCGCAACGUUAAAGACGUCCAGAAAUCCUCGCAUCAGUUUCCGUUACCAGAUUUCAUGAGAUAGGUCACGUACUGUAUGUAUGCUUCACAAUGAAAACAGUGGUUAUGUAUGAUGAAGCUUUUGAAAUCUACAAUCAGUGACCAGUUUUAUGAAACGUUAGGGGAAAUUCUGAAGAGCAUUUUCGACUAGGAAGGUUUAUAUAAGUGAGGUUGUAAUUUCGAUCACCUUGUGGCCUAUCCUCGCAAUACUUCCGACAAGGCGGGAUGUACUCUUUAGAACGCAUUCCUUUUCGGCAAGCUGCGAAAAUCGCAUUCGGUCACAUAAUGUAGGUUAUAAGGAGGAGAGUAAAAGCAAGUGAAUUUUCUAACAAUGUCCUUAGGAGUGUAUAUGGAUCAGCAUCGAACUAAGGUGGCGCACACCCGUAUCAUUCGACACUAGAGAACAAAGCGCUUUGGCCCUCCGCAGGCAUUAAUAACGAUUAUUCAUGUAUGUUUUGGCAGAUUUUUAAAUAAUUCAUAUUGACCCAGUUGUGAAAAAAUCGGCACCUCGGUGGGAUUCGAACACACGACAGUAAACCAAAGGCUUUAGUACAGCCAACACUAUCCAUCUGAGCUACGAGGCCCCGUCGGACGACGCGAGUUUAAUCACAUUUGGGUCGAGUUACCCGCCCAACCUACUGCAACAUCUGGAUCCACCAAAGCUGAUACAGUAAGUUGACUGCUCAAGCAGUUGGGUCAAUAUGGAUUAUACAAAAAAUCUGCCAAAACGUCUAUGAAUUACGCGAGCCUGGUAGUCAUCUGGUGGAUUCUGGGUGAAUUACUUAGAAAAUCCUGCUUGGGCAGUCAACUUACUGUAUCAGAUUUGGUGGAUCCCAGACGCUACAGUAGGUUGGGCGAGUAACUUGACUCAAAUGUUAUUAAACUCGCGUCGUCCGACGGGCCUCGUAGCUCAGGUGGUUAGAGUGUUGACUGUACUGAAGCCUUCCCCUUUCUGUCGUGGGUUCGAAUUCCACCGAUGCGCCGAGUAUUUCACAAUUGGGUCAAGAGGAAAAGAGAUUAUGCUGAAAAGCAGCUGGCAUGGAGGGAACAUCACAUCAGGAGAACGCAUAAAGACACCCGAAGGUAGUCCUGAAAUCAUGACAAGUACUCCCGUGUAAAGUGGGCGGGCGCUGCUUACAAGUUCGAUCCGCACUGGGUCAUGACUUUUCGUACGCAUAAAGUAUCAUGUUCUCAACGCCGGAAUGUAUCCACGUCAGAUAACUGUAAAGUUCUUUGGCGUGAUGCAAGUGUGUUAGAAAAAUCGGCGGUCAGAUAGGGCAAAAGUUCAGGAAAGAUAACCGGAUGGCGUAACGCCAGUAUUUUUGGUGACACCCAAUGCCAGGAAGAGUGAAAACGGUUUUGGUUGCAAAGUGUGACAUUACUACUUCCCCGGGUACUCCGUUCCGGACACCGCCAACUCUCCAUGUAUCGUCGAUGCCCGGAGGAGACUUCUUGGGAAAGUAAUAGUGACGGAUCCAACAAAUACUUCUAAAAGAAAACCGGACGUAUUGUUAGUCGAAGAAUACCCCUCAACCGAACAGGAAAGCUCUGUAUCACCAAACCAUUGUCUUACACAUAUCUACAGCUAAUGUGGAUGACUACUAUUUCCUAUUAGGCGUUCUUCAGCACAGCUGAUGGUGCCCGGAUUGCAGUCCCACACGUUUAAAAUAAUACUAUGCGAGCUGCAUGUGUUACUGACAACAUUGUAGUAGCGCUCGUAUAUUAACUCGAAUAUUGCAUGUCCCGAUUUCAAUAGAAUUUAAUACACUGAACUACAUUUGGUCGAGGCGGCUACGGAAGUUGUGGCAGUUACUCAUGUAAUCAGUUUCAUGCACCGGCCCAUUGACUGUGGUCUACCAAGUACUUUGUCACUUUGAAUAGAGCAACAAUCGCAUGCAGUUUAGUACAAAGAAUGAAGAAUCCCGAACGAUAAGGAUUUCAGCUGAUGCGUCCUGAAGUCACGCAAACGUCGAUUUAGGCCACUUCUCUGCAGCCUCCGACGCCGAUGGCUUGCGCAGUGAAUAGUAGAGAACGCCAGCUGCAAGAGAUUAUCAUCCGCCUUUCUUGUUUCUAAUAUUAAUCACAAUAGAAAUCGGUCUUGAAAAAAUGAUCCAGUUCAUCUUCGACCACAUAAAUCCUGCGGUUUGCGGACCGUGGGUUGAAAAUCCGACCUGCUAUCGUCUUUUCUAGGUUAUGCAAAUAAGUCUGCAUGCUUUGGCAUUACUUGUAACGUUUUUUGAUUGCGUAUUCUACAGUCAGACUCUCUUGGAAUAAUUUUACCUGUAAGCUCCAAAACUGGCGUGGGUUGGAAGUUAGAGAAUAAAUUUUAAAGCAAGAUAGGCUAAAUUAAUACAUGCAGAGGACAGAAAGAAACUCAGGCGAAGAACUGUACAAUUGUAUAAUUUGCAUACUAGAGACAAAUUUGCUAUAAGCCAUUUCUUCCUUUAAAUCCCUUCCCUCAAGUCGGGGCAUGUGGUCGAUGGAUUUGUUCGGGAAUUUCGCUGCGAAGACAAGGUACUGAAAUACUUCAGCAAGCACAUAAAGGAGGUGUGUGCUGAUCUCAAGGUCAGUCCCUGCGGAGCCAACAUUCUCCUCUCAUUGCCCCAAAGACUUUCGAUUGAAUACCGCGAACGUCUCACUGAGGUUAUCAUCGAGGGUCUUGGUGCCAAGUCCGUGUUUUACGUACGUCAACCUCUGUUGGCAGCCUACUCUUCGGGUUGCACCGGCUGCAUGAUCGUGGAUUCCGGCUACAUGAAUACUGGCAUUUUGGCAGUCAACGAUCUCCUUCCGAUGGAGGACAGCGAACGUGUUCUGCCCCUGGGCGGACGAAAUGUGGACCGAUACCUGCGGCAACUUUGUGGCCACUCUCUGGACUCCUAUGAUGAGGCAGAUCUAGAUCACAUCAAGAAGAACUACUGUUCGGUCGGCCCUGGUCAAAUUAAACCGAAGGCCCCGGAGGCGGGCAAACGUUCCGUCCUCAUGCCGGACGGUCAACGCCUAUUUCUUGGCUCAGAACUGGAAGCGGCGCCUGAACUUUUGUUUAAUCCCGCUCUAGCUGGUUUGCAGGACCUGAUGCCGAUUGAUCAGGCGGCAAUUCGUGCCGCGUUGGCGUUGGAUCAAAACAUAUCCUUCACCGUGCUCGAAACUGUUGUUUUGGCUGGCGGAAACACCAUGUUCCCAGGCACCAGUGAGAGGAUGAAACUCGGCAUAGCUACCCGAACAGUGCCGCGCAUAAACAAACAAGUGCGAUAUCACCCGAUGGGACCGCUGGCUGUGUGGGUCGGUGGUGCGGCUAUUGGCCUGACAAACACUUAUUCAAAGAUAUGUAUUAGGCAGGAGGACUACAAAGAGGUAGGGGCGAGCAUUGCCUCGCAAAGGUGGCUCUAG